GGGAAGGACCGGAACUCCGGGCGGGCGGCUUGUUAACAUGGCGGCGGGAGCUACCGGCACGUCUCCAGGAGGCGGCGGGGCCCACACCCGGAAGACGGGUCUCUUUUCGGCCUAGCGCGGCGGCCGCUGCGGACCCGGAAGUCCGGGCCGGUUGCUGAAUGAGGGGAGCCGGGUCUUCUCCGCGCCAGUCCCCCCGCGCCCUACGCCCCGACCCGGGCCCCGCGAUGUCCUUCUUCCGGCGGAAAGUGAAAGGCAAAGAGCAAGAGAAGACCUCAGAUGCCAAGUCAGGUACAGCUUCAAUAUCCGUACAUUCCCCACAAAAAAGCACUAAAAAUCAUGCCUUGCUGGAGGCUGCAGGACCAAGUCACGUGGCAAUCAGUGCCAUUUCUGCCAACAUGGACUCCUUUUCGAGCAGUAGGACGGCAACACUUAAGAAGCAGCCCAGCCACAUGGAGGCCGCUCAUUUUGGUGACCUGGGCAGAUCUUGUCUGGACUACCAGACUCAAGAGACCAAGUCAAGUCUUUCAAAGACCCUUGAACAAGUCUUGCAUGACACUGUUGUUCUCCCUUAUUUCAUUCAAUUCAUGGAACUUCGGAGAAUGGAGCAUUUGGUUAAGUUUUGGUUAGAGGCUGAAAGUUUUCACUCUACAACUUGGUCCCGAAUAAGAGCACACAGUCUGAACACGGUGAAGCAGAGCUCACUGGCUGAACCUGUCUCUCCUUCUAAAAAGCACGAAACUACAGCACCUUUUGUAACCGACUCUCUUGAAAAGAGAUUGGAGGAUUCUAGCUCAGCCCAGUUGGAAGGAAUUGACCUGAAUAAUAGAACUAGCAACACUCAGAAUCACUUGCUGCUUUCCCAGAAAUGUGACAGCGCCCAUUCUCUCCACCUGGAAACGGCCAGAACAGGAGCUCAUCGAGGUUCUGUGGAAACCCAGGAAUCCUCCAGACUUAUAGUAGCCAGUAGAAAUAGUCCCUCUUCUCCACUAAAGGAAUUAUCAGGAAAAUUAAUGAAAAGUAUAGAACAAGAUGCAGUAAAUACUUUUACCAAAUAUAUAUCUCCAGAUGCUGCUAAACCAAUACCAAUUACAGAAGCAAUGAGAAAUGACAUCGUAGCAAAGAUCUGUGGAGAAGAUGGGCAGGUGGAUCCCAGCUGCUUUGUCUCAGCGCAGUCCAUGGUCUUCAGCGCGAUGGAGCAUGAGCACUUUAGUGAGUUUCUGCGGAGUCACCAUUUCUGUAAAUACCAGAUUGAAGUGCUGACCAGUGGAACUGUUUACCUGGCUGACAUCCUCUUCUGUGAGUCAGCCCUCUUUUAUUUCUCUGAGUACAUGGAGAAAGAGGACGCAGUGAAUAUCCUACAGUUCUGGUUGGCAGCAGACAACUUCCAGUCUCAGCUUGCCGCCAAAAAGGGCCAGUAUGACGGACAGGAGGCACAGAACGACGCCAUGAUUUUAUAUGACAAGUACUUCUCCCUCCAGGCCACUCAUCCUCUUGGAUUCGAUGAUGUUGUGCGACUGGAAAUUGAAUCCAACAUCUGCAGGGAAGGUGGGCCACUCCCUAACUGUUUCACCACUCCGUUACGUCAGGCCUGGACAACCAUGGAGAAGGUAUUUUUGCCUGGCUUUUUGUCCAGCAACCUUUAUUAUAAAUAUUUGAAUGAUCUCAUCCAUUCGGUUCGUGGAGACGAGUUCCUGGGAGGAGGUGUCUUGCUGACGGCUCUGGGCUCUGCUGGCCCCACUGAGGACUCCCACCCUGGGGCGGCCGACAGCUCUGCCGUGCAGUAUAAUAACAUAUACAGAAGACUCUACAUUUCAUAACUACGUACAGCUCAAAGAAUUUAGAUAAGCAGACCUAACCCAUGUAACCAGCAUCCAGAUCAAGAAACAGGAUGCGUUACCGGUAUGUCAGAAACUCUCGUCCCCCCUUCCAGUCACUACCCUCCUUUCUUCUUUUUUCUCUCUCUCUUUUUUUUUUUUGUAGAGCCUUAUUGAGAUAUAAUUCACAUACCAUACAAUUUACCCAUUUAUCCAUACAAUUUACCCACUGAAUUGUAAAAUUCAUUGGUUUUUUUAGUAUGUUUACAGAGUUGCUAAACUCUCACCACAAUCAAUUUUAGAACAUUUUUUCACCCAAGAGAGAAAAACCCUGUAUCCUUUAACUGUCACCCUCCUAAUCCUCUGUCCUCCGGCCCUAGGCUACUGCUAAUCUACUUUAACUUUAUGUCUCUAUAGAUUUGCCUAUUCCAGACAUUUCGUAUAAGUGGAACCAUGCGAUAUGUGAUCUUUAUGACUAGCUUCUUUCACUUAGCAUGUUUUCAAGGUUCAUCUGCGUUUUUAGCAUGUAUUAGAAUUUUGUUCAUUCUUACGGCCCAAUGAUAUUCCACUGUAUAGACACAGCACAGUUUGUUCAUCCAUCAGCUCAUUGACAUUUGGGUUGUUUCCACCUUUUGGCUGUUAGGAACAAUGCUGCUGUACAGUUUUUGUGUGGAUAUGGGUUUUCAUUCCUCUUGGGUGUAUACCUAGGAGUAGGAUUGCUGGGUCGAAUGAUGUCUCUUUAACUCAGGCUUGGUAAGUGACGCUUUGUAAUAAGCUUCGAAAUCAGGAGGUGAGAGUCCUCCAACUUAGUUCUUUUUCAAGAUUGUUUUGGCUGUUUGAGGUCCCUUGCGAUUCCGUGUGAAUUUUAGGAUCAGCUUUAACAUUUUGGUCAGGAUUACCCUGAAUCUGUAGAUGCCUUUAGGGAGUAUUGCCAUCUUAACAAUAUUAAGUCUUACAGUCCGCGAACAUGGAAUGUCAUUCCAUUUAUUUAGGCCAUCUUUAAUUUCUUUCAGCAGUGUUUUGUAGUUUGAAUUGUACAAUUCUUACACCUCCUGGAGUCAGUUUAUCCCUGAGUAUUUUAUUAUUUUCAAUGCUAUUAUAAAUAGAAAUUGUUUUCUUAAUUUCGUUUUCUGAUUGUUCACUAAGUGUAUAGACAUGUAACUGCUUUUCAUAUGUUUAUCUUGUACCUUCAACUUUACUAAAUUCAUUUGUUAGCUCUAAUAGUUUUCUUGUGGAUUCUUUAGGAUUUUCUAUAUGUAAGAGCAUGUCACCUGCGAAUAGUAAUAGUUUCUUUCUUAUCAACUUUGGAUGCCUUUUAUUUCCUUUUCUUGGCUAACUGCUCUGGCUGGAGCUUGCAGUAUAGAAGUGGUGGCAGUGAGCGUCUUUCUCUUUUUCCUGAUUUCUCGGAGAAAGCUUUCAGUUUUUCAUCAUUUAUUGUGAUGUGUGGGAUUUUCAUAAGUGCUCUUUAUCAAGUUGAGGAAGUUCCCUACUAUUCCUAAUUUGUUGAAUGUUUUUUAUCAUGGAAGGCUGUUGGAUUGUGUCACAUGCUCUUUCUGUAUCAAUUGAGGGCAUUAUGUGGGUUUUGGGGAUUUACUCUCUUGUUACGGUGUAUUACAUUAAUUAUCAGAUAUUAAACCAACCUUGCAUUCUUGGGAUAAAUUGCACUUGGUUGUGGUAUAUAAUUAUUUUUAUAUGUUGCUAGUAUUUUGUUGAGGAUUUUGCAUCUAUGCUCCUAAGAGGUAGUGGUCUGUAGUUUUCUUUACUAGUGAGAUCUCAUUUUGGCAUCUUACCUCAGGGGCCUCAUGGAAGUAUUUCUCUCUUCUUUUAUUCUGGUGCCUCUUUCUUUUAACUUAUGUGCCCUUCUCAGCAUGUAAAGAGACCCCUUUUUACCCCUACUAUAGAGUGUUCUAUAAGUGUCUGUUCGAUUAUUUUUUAAAUUUAACCUAUGCUUUAGUCAUGGAUGUUAAACGUAUUCCUGUCUUUUGUUACUUGAAGCAAUUCUACAAUAAGUACUCCUGGGUAUAAGUCGUUUUGCAUAAGUGUGAGUCUGUCUAUAAUUGAAUUUUUAGAAGUGAAAUUUCUGGGUCAACCCAUGCCUGCGUAUUUCACAGAAGUACCGAUUCUGACUUGCUUUUUUUUUUGUGGGCAUGAGGAGUAGGAGGUAGAAUGCUGGUCAUUUUAGAAAGUUUCCGUUAUCUUCCCUUUUGUCACACGGCCACACUGAGAUUCAGAAGCAUUCAUGUUUACCUGUAAAAGUUGGGCUUUACAUUUAUUAGGCAAGAUACAUAUGCCUGGAAGAAUGGGAGUUUUGCACGUUUGGGAACGUAGGCACGUUUGUUGGAACUUCAGUCAUUAAGGAAAAUACAUUUGCCACACAGACGCAUGUGUCGUGCGCGUUCGUAGUUAUGUUCAAGAUGACAUCUCAGAAUCAUUGCUGUUAAGCAUCUCAUUAGUGACAGGGUUGAGUGAAAAGUGCAUGUGUUUCAAACACUGAAGAUUUUGUACGAAUCUGUCAUUCCAAACCCAGGACUGAUUUGACUCCUGAAUAACAUACUACCAAUUUCACAAUUUC